UAAAGUUCUUAAUAGCUUCAGUGUAUAGCCGUGCCAUGGCUGGGCAAAUCCAGACAGCUUUUGGCUGAUGAAUGUCCUUGGGAUGAAGUGAAAUUUCGUAUUGUGACCAUGAACCAGGACUUCAUUGCACUCAACAACUCGUAUCCAUUCGUGUUCCUUCAGGACCCUAACAGCAACCGGAUUGGCCAGUGGCUGGACGUGGUAGCUCAGGAUGGCAUUGCAGAUUUAUCUUUCCAGCUAGCUGCUGAGCCUCCCCUGGGGAUGUAUGUCAUCAACGUAGCCAAUGGGAAAGCAUACAGCAGCUUCUCCGUAGAGGAAUAUGUGCUGCCAAAAUUUGAAGUGAUUUUUGAGAAGCCAAUUCAUAUUUACAUUUUGGAUAAAACCUUCCCACUACAGGUGUGCGGCAGAUACACCUAUGGGAAAGGUGUGCAAGGGGGGAUGGAGGUAACCCUGUGCCGGAAGCGUUGGUCCCUGCCCAGCCCGGAGAAAUCAGACCUCUGUAAGAGCUAUCUCAGCCAGACAGAUAAGGUGGGCUGCUUCUCCACAUCUGUCAAUCUGGGCGACUUUCUCCAAGUUUCUCCCAACUUCAGGGACAGCAUUGAUGCAAUGGUCACAUUAAAGGAGAUUGACACAGGAGUGCAAGUCAGUGCUUCUGGCAACUUCUUCAUCUCCAGGACAGCUGGGAGAGCCACAUUUGAGGAGGCAAACCCUUACUACUACAGUGGAGAGGUCUACACAGGGAAGGUUAGGCUGGUUGAUCACCAAGGCAGGUUAAUGAACAACACAAACGUUUACCUGAUUGUAAACUACAAAGGAAAACUGUUCACGGCAAUGUACACCACAGAUGACACUGGGAGAGCUUACUUUGAGCUGGACACAAAUGCUUGGGGUGAUAAUCCAGUCUCACUGGAGGGGAGGUUCCUUCCUCGGGAUGCAGAGUAUGUUCCAGGUACAGCCAGUGUGGUUUACCAGAAUGCCUACCAUUUCAUACAGCCAUUUUACACCACCACUGAGAGCUUCCUCAGGAUUGUACGUGUGCCAGGGAUUCUGCCUUGUGGCAAAAUGCAGCAGGUUAAGGUGGACUACAGAAUUGACCGGCGAGACCUGAUGCAUGGCUCCAAAUAUAUGAUUUUUUCCUACUAUGUCACUGGUAAAAAGGGAAUCAUCCUUUCAGGUCAGAAGAGUGUCUGGGUUGGCCUGCCAAGCUUGAUGUCAGGCCACUUUUUUAUCCCUUUGGUCUUCACCUCUGACUAUGCUCCAGCUCCUACCAUCAUAGUGUAUGUCAUCUUCCCCACUGGAGGAAUCGUUGCGGACAGUGCCCCCUUCAGUGUUUCCAUGUGCUUCAAAAAUAAGGUGAAGCUGGGCUUCUCAGAGGAGGAGGCCCUUCCUGGUUCAGAUGUCAGCCUCCAGAUGCAGGCAGCUCCUGGAUCUAUGUGUGCUGUCCAGGCUGUGGAUCAAAGUGUGCUUCUGAUGAGGCCAGAAAAAGAGCUGAGUAACUCCAUGAUCUAUGGGUUGUUCCCAUAUAUUUACCGCUCAGGUUACCCUCACCAAGUGUCUGAAGAUAACUACUGCUGGUUCCCAGAUGCUCAGCAGCCAGAUGUGUUCACAUUGUUCAAGGCAAUGGGCUUGAAAGUCUUAUCCAACACCAAUAUCCAGAAGCCAAGGGAGUGUCUAAUUACUACACCCAAACCAUAUAUGUGGGAUGAGAUAAGACCAUUUCUCCAAACAUUUUCUAUGACUGGGACAACAACUACACUUGGAACCACCACACCUAUGCCAGUACCCAUCAUUGAAGAGAAAGUCCGCAAGUAUUUUCCUGAAACCUGGAUAUGGGAUUUAUUUCCUAUAGGUCCCAAAGGAAAUAGGAAUGUCACAGUUACUGUGCCCGACACCAUCACUGAGUGGAAAGCUGGGAUGUUCUGCACAGCUGAGAUUGGCUUUGGGCUUGCUCCUACCACAAGCCUCCGGACCUUCAAGCCAUUCUUUGUAGAGCCCACACUGCCAUAUGCUGUGAUCCGGGGAGAGACCUUUGUCCUGAAGGCCACCAUCUUCAAUUAUCUUCCUAAGUGCAUUAUGAUCCAGGUGACCCUGGUGGAGUCCUCAGACUAUCAGUUGGAGCUGUGUAAGAGCUGUCUCUACACCACCUGCCUGUGUGGCAAUGAAGCCAAGACAUUUCAGUGGGAAGUCACACCUACACACCUGGGGUUGGUGAAUAUCACUCUCAGCACAGAGGCCCUGGCCACCAAAGAGCUCUGUGGAAAAGAGAGGCCAUUUGUGCCAGCCCGAGGACGGACAGACACACUGAUCAAAUCCCUUCUAGUUCAGCCAGAGGGAGUGCUGGUGGAAAAGGCUCGCAGCUCCUUGUUGUGCCCCAAAGAAGGGAAUCCAGUGCAGGAUUUGGUGCCCCUGAAGCUACCCAGUAAUGUGGUGAAAGGUUCAGCCAGAGCUACUGUCUCCAUCAUUGGUGACAUCAUGGGCAUAGCACUGCAGAACCUGGACCGGCUGGUGCAAAUGCCCCAAGGCUGCGGGGAGCAGAAUAUGGUGCUCUUUGCUCCCAUCGUCUACGUGCUGCAGUACCUGGAGAAGACGGGGCAGCUGACCCCAGAGAUCAGGGACCGGGCAACAGGCUUCCUGUGCAGUGGGCUUCAGAGGCAGCUGCUCUAUAAACAUCAUGAUGGUUCCUACAGUGCAUUUGGGACUAAAGAUGAGGAUGGUAACACCUGGCUGACAGCAUUUGUGGCCAAGUGUUUUGGGCAGGCCAAGCGGUACAUCUUCCUCGAUGACAGGAAUGUCCGGGAUGCGCUGAGCUGGAUACAGCUUCACCAGCUGCCCAAUGGCUGCUUUGAGAGUGUGGGCAAGCUCUUCAACACUGCCAUGAAGGGCGGUGUGGAUGGCGAAGUCCCCCUAGCUGCCUACAUCACUGCAGCAUAUCUGGAGACUAGGGAGAUGGUGAAUAGCAGCAUGGUGCAGAAGGCCCUGGGCUGCCUCACUCAGGCUCUUCCCAACAUUACCAGCACCUACACAAAAGCACUGCUAGCCUAUGCCUUCACUUUGGCUCAGGACACCCAGCACAUGAAGCAGUUGUUUCAGGAACUAGACCAGAAGGCCAUCAAAGCAGGAGGGCAGAUCCACUGGAGCCAGGCCCCCUCCAAGCCGCCCAGUACCAGCACCUGGUCCCAACCCCAGUCAGUGGAUGUGGAGUUGACAGCCUACAUGCUCCUUGCCCUGCUGUCCAAGCCAGUGACCAGGGCUGACAUUGCCACAGCCUCUGGCAUUGUGGCCUGGCUCACCAAGCAGCAGAAUGCCUAUGGGGGCUUUGCCUCCACACAGGACACAGUGGUCGCCCUUCAGGCGUUGGCCAAAUAUGCUGCCCUGACAUACAGCAAGGAGGCAGACUUGGAGGUGAUGGUGACAUCCCAGGGCAGCUUUGAGAGGAAGUUCCAGGUCACCCACAAGAACCGGCUGCUGCUGCAGCAGGAAACACUGACAGAAGUCCCUGGGAAGUACUCACUCCAGGCCAAGGGCAGAGGCUGCAUCUUUGCCCAGAUAGUACUGAGGUACCAUAAGCCUCCCCCACAGGCCUCUGUAACCUUCGCUUUGCACAUCACCACAGAGCUGGUCAACUGUAACAGCAGAGAUGUGUCCAUCCUCACUCUUCGUGUUAGUGUCAGCUACAUUGGGAGGAGAGUUGUUUCCAACAUGGUGAUCGUGGAAGUCUCCUUGCUGUCUGGAUUCAUCCUGGCUUCAAGCUCUAGCACAUCUCUGCAGCAGAACCCCCUUGUGAGGAGAAUGGAGAUGAGCCGAAGUUCUGUCUCCAUCUACGUGGAACAGCUGAGCAAUACCUCCCAGACGUAUGCCCUAAAAUUGGUGCGGGAGAUCAAGGUGACCAACUUGAAGCCACGCCACAUCAAGGUCUAUGACUAUUACCAGCCAGAGGAGCGAGCCCUGGCUGAAUACAGGGCUGUCUGCAGCUGAGGUAGGCCCAAGCUUCAUGGAGCUGUCCUCCUGGUUUCCUCCCUGCCACCGUGCACUUCUCUUCACACCAUCCCUGCCAGGGUGGACACAACAGCCCCCUCCUGCCCUGGAAAGACCCUAACCCUGGUGCCUCUGAUCCAUCUAUUGCCCUGUCAGCUUGAAGCACCUGCCUCCUGGCUCUCUCCCCACCAUCUCCCUUCCUCCUUCCCUGGGCUUUGCAGCAGUCUCCCCACCUGAAAUAAUUGUGUCCAUGCUGGAAGAAGCAGCACAUUUUGGCUCCCCAACCUCCUGGGAAAGGGGAGGGGUCAUAACAGACCUUGCAAAAAAAGGACUAGACUCUUGCAGAGUGCUCUUGACAAGGCUGUGCAUUGAGCUGUUUGGAGACUUCAGUUAGUGCAGAACCUGGUUGUCCCUGAGUUAUGUGUCAUGAAACCUGCAUUUGACUUUGAUAUUCUACUCCCUGGCUUGCGAGCUGAGUUUCCACUCUGGGUUCAUUGUCCUGGAAGGCUUGGGACAUGGCUCCCCACCUCUCUGGCUCAGUCUGCUGCAGCUGAGACCAGCAUUGUGGUGGAAUUUCCCUUUCCACAAGCAAAGGGUCUCAUAGAGAGCCCUCCAUCACUCUGAUGAAACUGAGCUCAUCUUCCAGGUGCGCUGCAUAGUCCGUGCCUGUCUUUUCUCACUGGCACAUGGGGACACUGGGAGACUGGAAUUGCAGAUUGGCAAGGAUUUGGGUGGCUCUCGUUUCUCUCCUUCAGCUUGCUUUGCUCUCACUUCUCUCCAAUUCCCAGUUUCUCUCACUAUUCCUUUUAAUGCUGCUCCACUUUAUUUCCUCUCACAGUCUUCCCAGGAGUCUCCUGGGCAGUCUCUCAUUCUCCUCUGUUUCAGCACACAGGGAUGACAUAGGAUGGAAAUCGUUCCUCCCCUCCAUCAGCAGGGCCAGCCCUGGCUCAUCAGGAUUCCUGCAUUGUAGUUGCUGGGGCGAGGGGAGUAUGAAGCCUUGACAGUUGCCCUUGCGAGGGACUGGGGUCUCAGCUCUGGACAAAGCGUGGAUCACUUUGGGGUCCCUCUGGGAUUUUAGGCCUAGGCCCACAUUGCAUGUAUGGCCCAUGCCCUGUAGCCCUCUCCUGGUGAAGUAAUUUUUGGGGUGUCUGGUUGCUUUUGAUCAUUGUAAUCUGGGAAUUUUCCUGAGUGUGAAAAGAAUGAAAAUAAAAUGUCAAUCAUGGACCAAG